AUGCCUGCCAAGAAACUUCCUGCGCCAACUCCUCCCCCAGGUCUGUCUGCGAAGCGUUUGGAGUACCUGUUCCAUAGUAUACGCGAGUACUGCACCCCUCAGACACGCAAUAUCACUUGCCCACCUCCACCAGCUGCCCCAGCUCUCCCUGAUGUUGAAGAUACAGAAGACUCAUCAAGUGACGAAGGUUCCAGUAGUUCAACUGAUGACAGAGAGCAAGAGCACCCAAUCCAGCCGCAAGAUUACCCAGGCCACCAGCAAGAGCACCAAACCCAGCAGCAAGAUUACCCACGCCACCAGCAAGAGCACCCAACACAGCAGCAAGAUUACCCAGGCCACCAGCAAGAGCACCCAACACAGCAGCAAGAUUACCCAGGUCACCAGCAAGAGCACCAAACCCAGCAGCAAGAUUACCCAGGCCACCAGCAAGAGCACCCAACACAGCAGCAAGAUUACCCAGGCCACCAGCAAGAGCACCCAACACAGCAGCAAGAUUACCCAGGCCACCAGCAAGAGCACCAAAUCCAGCUACAAGAUUACCCACGCCACCAGCAAGAGCACCCAACACAGCAGCAAGAUUACCCAGGCCACCAGCAAGAGCACCCAACCCAGCAGCAAAAGCACCCAGGCCACCAGCAAGGGCACCCAACCCAGCAGCAAAAGCACACAGGCCACCAGCAGCAACAGUGGCAGUGAAAACUCUCAACAGAGGGUUGAUGGAGAGUUUGACCUGUCAGGAUGUCUCUUCCAGCA